CGACCACCAACCUCCGACUCUUUGAAGCCUCGCAGGCUUGACCACCUCAUGCUGAUUGGAGCAUUUCGGAGAUAUCCACGAAUAUGUGCGAGGCUUGUCCUCCGCCGCCCCUUGUCUCAAUCCGCGAGCACAAUACAAGCAGAACGACCCGGGCGGCCGUUCGACAUCCUCUUCUUCGGACGCGACGAGUUCUCUUGCAUGGUGCUUCAGCAGCUCUAUGAGGCGCGAGACGUAUGGCAAGAGAUCCACAUCGCAACGCAGCCUAACAUGAAGACGGGAAGAAACGGUUCCGUCCUCUCAGUUUCACCCUUGAAAACCGUCGGACAGGAGCUCGGCCUCCCGGUACACGAAAUCCCGCCCGACAAGCCGUCGUUCAGAACCUGGCAGGUCUCGUCACCACCUCCUCCUUUUUCGGAGCUUCCACCGCCUUCGCCGCGUCUUCUCGUGACAGCCUCCUUUGGCCGCAUCCUCUCGACGGACCUCUUGCAGAGGUUCGCUCCGGGCAGAAGGCUGAACAUCCACCCAUCGCUGCUACCGAUGUACCGUGGUCCUGCACCAAUCCAGCAUGCAUUACUUAACGGAAAAAGAGAGACCGGUGUGUGCGUGAUUGAGAUGACGGAGGCGAAGGCGGGCAUCGACUCUGGGGAUAUAUGGGGGCGAGAGAGGAUGCCAAUACCUGAGGAAGCCGACUUCCCCGCGCUGCGAAGCUUUCUCGCGAUCCAGGGUGGGGAGCUGCUGAUCAGCGUAUUGCGAGAGAUGAUUCAGGGCACCGCUGUAGCACGACAUCAGCCGGCCGAUUUCAGUGCCCCGCGUGCACCGAUGAUCACAGCAGACGAUGCUCUCAUUCAUUUCUCGACGAUGACUUCGCAAGACAUAGUGCGCAGGCAUAGAGCCAUAUCUCAUCAGAAACCACUGUUCGCAUACACGAAGACCGGUAAGACAGUGCAGCUGCACUCGCUAUCGGUGUACGAGCUUCCACCGGGAUCGUUACUGUGGAGACUGGCCGAACCAGGAAUGGGGUGGUAUGACCCGCGCACGGAUGCGCUGGCAAUCCGCUGCGCUGGAGAGACGCUGCUCGUUGUCUCAGAGCUGAAGAAACAGGAUCGAACAUUGAUCCCUGCGAAGGCGUGGUGGAACGGUAUCCGGCCUGGCAUGACUGCAGAAGGGGGCGACGGCCAGACAGUGCUUCACUUAGUGUCACAGAUCUAGUUCAUAGUAUGAGCAGCUGCAUACAUCUCUUCUUGGGUACAUGUGACCCAC